AUGAAAGACGAAGCGUUGAAAGGGCCACUGGAAGCUUCCAACGUAUUGAAACGGAAACAGGAAGAUUGCCACGAAGAAUCGCUAGAAGCUGAAAUUAAGAGAGUAGCGUUGGAAGACGUUGAAGCGGAGGAACGUGUAGAGGACGAAAACGAGAAAACAGGAGAUGACGACUACAUUCACUUGCGGAUGCUAUGUCUUGUUAAAGAGGCUUCAAUGAUUGUGGGGCCCGGGGGCGAGAAGAUUACUAGAAUGAAAGCAGAAUCCAACACGCGAAUCAACGUUUCUGACAAUAUCAGAGGCAUUUCGGAGCGGGUCAUCUACGUCAGGGGACGUUGCGAAGACGUAGCCAAAGUCUUUGGCAUGAUAGUUCGGGCCAUAAAUGAAGAAGAAGAAGGCAGUAAGUCUGAUGAAAAGUCGGUGGCGAUGACGGUCAAUAUUUUAAUCCCACAUCACAUGAUGGGCUGCGUAAUAGGUCGUCAGGGCUCUAGACUGCGCGAGAUUGAAAAUCUGAGUGCUGCUAAACUUGUAGCGGGCCCCGAAACGCUUCCUCUCUCCAACGAUCGGAUUUUGUGCAUCAACGGCGUCGCGGACGCCGUUCAUAUUGCCGCUUACUACGUCGGACAAACAAUUAUAAACCACCAAAGUACAUUCGCAUACAAAAAAUGCAUAUUUUACCAACCCAAUGCUCUUCAUUCAGUGUUGGAUAACAGUUAUGGUGCCGGAAUUCACCAUCAACAACAACAUCAAUAUAGACCCGGCGAGAAGCAUAGGAAAAGACCAUACAGGCCAUCGGCGCAACCAAACUACCCUUACGCUUACACCUCAGUGCCGACAUUUCAAGGGUAUGCAGCUGCCCUCAAUAUAAGCAAUGUGCGUUUUGCCGAUGCUUUAGCUACAACUACUAUCCCCGCCGCAGGCACUCCGCAGAUAUCUAUGGUUCAGCAAGAAAUUUACAUCGACGAUGCCUACGUGGGGAAUGUGAUAGGGAAAGGAGGCAAGCAUAUAAAUUCCAUUAAAGAAAGCACUGGUUGCUCGAUUCAAAUCGAUGACCGUGUAGACGGAUGCGUCGAGCGCAAGAUAACCAUAAAGGGCACACCAAUGGCGAGCCAUACAGCCGUGCUUCUCAUAAACAAUAAAAUCGAAGCUGACAAGCAAAAUGAACAAGUCAGAAGAGCUGGAAAGCUGCUUUGA